UGCCCCGAUUCAACCGGCUCUCUUCUCCCCAAGAUUACAGCCCCGAUGGGAACGACUGGCGGCGGCAGAUCGGGGGAGGUCGCCCUACAGGACGAGCUCGGAUCCAUGCAAACAUCCCGCCCUGCGAGGAUCCGGCCCUCUUCUCCCCCAAUUGCAGCGACCAGGGAUGCCAGCUUGAAGGAGGCCGCCCCGCCGCCGAGCUUGGAUCCACCGCAUCAACCCACCCAGCGAGCACCCUGCUGUCUUUUCCCCAGCGCCUGGCGACGUCUCUUGCUCCAGGAAGGGGCUUUGAGAGAUGAAGAGGAAGCCACCCUUUCUAUGUCCAAAGCAAUGGUACAUAAAGGUUGUACCAUGGCAAAAACGAAAACGCAAAACUGAGAAGUUGUAGAGCAUCACCAAAAGACUGGAUCUAGGUCUUAUGUUUCCACUUUGAACAAAAUU